ACAAUAAUGGCUUUUGACAGAUAUGUCUCAAUCUGCCAGCCACUUAGAUACCAAAGUAUAAUGACAUCCAGUAAUAUAUCUAAACUUAUUAUUCUUGCCUGGCUUCUCCCUUUUGUAUUACUUGGAAUGCUCAUAGCUCUUACAUCCAGGCUACCAUUGUGUGACAACAUUAUAGAGAAACUUUACUGUGAUAACUGUUACCAGCUGUCUCCUAUGAGGACGUUCCUGUCACUGCAACUGUUGAUUGUCCCUCCACUGCUCAAUCCACUCAUCUAUGGCAUCCGACUGCAAGAGAUGAGGGUCGCUAUAGUGAGAGUCUUUCAGAAACAGAGAGCUGGCAGUAAGUAA